GGAACUCACAAAACGGAUUUCCAAUUACAAUUCUGACGAUGCUUGUCCAAGUUCUCCUGGCCUCGAACCCGUACGUCUCAAGGCUACUCCCUCACCCUCGCCGCCGCCGUUCAUCUCGCAACAAAAUACCACAAAACCGUCUAAUGGACGCAAGACUCGUCCGAGCCAAGGAGACACAGUCCUGAUGAGUUUCAUGGGCCCAAACCAGCCAGGAAUAGCCCGGCUGGUCGGUGAACAAGCCCUCAAUUCGGAUUCUGGCUCAGACGCCGACGAGGACAUGGAGGACAUCGUGAACCACUCGCCUCCAGCAAGUUCUGCCCAGACAACCAGUAGUCCUCCGGGUUUUGACUUGGUCGGCACCGCUCAGGCUACGCAAACUGCCAAUUCGAGGGAGCCGAAAGGUACAACAUCCCCACCGCGGCGUAGAUCCGUGCAAAGCGGCUCCGAGAAGUUUAUCAAGCCCCUAUGUCCUAGGUCGAAAUCAGUAAAUGCGGCAUCGCCAAAUUUUUCAUCUGCAGAUAGCAGCUAAGCUUAUUAGAAUAAAUAAAAGGGAGGGCUAAUUGUACACCCCCUAACGAAUAAUCGUACACCCC